AUGUACUGUACCGACUCCGGAACCGGUAGCAUCGGGCCCGGUUUCGGUAGCAUCGCCCCCGACACCAAUAGCAUUGGCACCAACACCGGCACCGGCAGCAUUGUCCCAGGGGCCGCCGGUACCGGUAGCAUCGCCUCCGACACCGAGAGCUUCGCCUCCGGUAGCAUCGCCCCCAACAUCGGUAGCAUCGCCCCCGGCACCGGUAGCAUUUCCUCCGACACCGGGAGCAUCGCCUUUAACACCGGGAGCAUCGCCUCCGGUAACAUCGCCCCCGGCACCGGUAGCAUUGCCUCCGACACCGGGAGCAUCACCUUUGACACCGGGAGCAUCGCCUCCGGCACCGGUAGCAUUUCCUCCGACACCGGGAGCAUCGCCUCCGGUAGCAUCGCCCCCAACUCCGGUAGCAUCGCCCCCGGCACCGGUAACAUCGCCCCCAACACCGGGAGCAUCGCCUCCGACACCGGGAGCAUCGCCUCCGGUACCAUCGCCCCCAACACAGGUAGCAUCGCCUCCGACACCGGGAGCAUCGCCCCCGACACAGCAUCGCCCCCGGCACCGGGAGCAUCGCCCCCGGCACAGGUAGCAUCGCCCCCGACACAGGUAGCAUCGCCUCCGACACCGGGAGCAUCGCCCCCGGCACAGGUAGCAUCGCCCCCGACACAGGUAGCAUCGCCUCCGACACCGGGAGCAUCACCUCCGGUAGCAUCGCCCCCGGCACCGGGAGCAUCGCCUCCGGUAGCAUCCCCCCCAGCACAGGUAGCAUCUCCUCCGACACCGGGAGCAUCGCCUCCGGUAGCAUCGCCCCCGACACCGGGAGCAUCGCCUCCGACACCGGGAGCAUCGCCCCCGGCACCGGGAGCAUCGCCUCCGGUAGCAUCGCCCCCGACACCGGGAGCUUCGCCUCCGGUAGCAUCGCCCCCGGCACCGGUAGCAUCGCCUCCGACACCGGGAGCAUCGCCUCCGGUAGCAUCGCCCCCGGCACCGGGAGCAUCGCCUCCGACACCGGGAGCAUCGCCUCCGGUAGCAUUGCCCCCGACAAAGGAGGCAUCGCCUCCGACACCGGGAGCAUCGCCACCGGCAGCAUCGCCACCUCCACCGGCAACAUCGCCACCGGGAGCAUCUCCUUCGACACCGGGAGCAUCGCCACCGGCAUCAUCGCCACCUCUACCGGUAGCAUCUCCCCCGCCACCGACAGCAUCGCCACCUCCAGCGGCAGCAUCUCCACCGCCAUCGGCAUCAUCGCCACCACCACCGGCAGCAUCUCCACCUCCACCUGCAGCAUCUCCCCCGCUCCCGGCAUCAUCGCCACCUCCACCGGUAGCAUCUGCCCCGCCACCGGCAGCAUCGCCACCUCUAGCGGCAGCAUCUCCACUGCCACUGGUAUCAUCGCCACCUCCACCUCAUCGCCACCUCCUCCGGUAG